AAAUAACAUCACAAGCAUUAUUCCUCCCAGUGAUUACCCGUCCGUCAUGCUCAAACCACUAGCUCUCCUCCUCGUGCUAGCCGGCAGCCAGUGCGCCCCCCUAGGCGACCUCUACCUCCCCGACGACGACGUCGAAAUCCUCACAAUCGAGAACUUCAAACGCUACGUCGAAAACUCCACAAGCGCCUGGCUGGUGGAGUUCUACGCCAGCUGGUGCGGCUACUGCCAACGCUUCGCGCCCCCUUGGAAGCAGUUCGCCACGGAGGCGGCCCCCUGGCGGGACCUGGUGCGGGUGGCGGUGUUGGAGUGCUCCGACGAGAUCAACACGCCGAUUUGUCGCGACUUUGGAAUUGUCAAAUACCCAACAGUUCGGUAUUUCCACGAAAAUUCGCACUUUGAUGGGGGCGACAAGGGGGUUAUUGUGCCCCGGGAGUUCCCAGUGACCGUGGACGCGAUCAAAAAGAACGUAAUCGAGAGAUUCAUGACCGAAAUGGGCGAAGGCCGAGGGGUGGUUUACCCCAAUUUGUUACCCUACCUCCAUUCGGACCUGGAGCCGUUUUUCGACGAAGAAGACGACGAUAUUUUUUACGGUUUUUUGGUGGUUGAGGAUUCUGAUAGUUAUUUGGGGGGCGAAGUAGCGCUAGACCUUCACAAAACUCCAAACGUUACGAUCAGACACGCCCUUAAUAAUAACACAAAGUUGGUGAAAAAUUUACAAAUUGGGAAAUUCCCAACACUUGUUAUAAUCGAUCGGAACAACAACACGCAAAUUGUUACCGAAAAUAUCGAACACAAGAAGGAGCUCAAAGCGACAAUUGCCGAUUACUUGGCCAAGAAAGGGCUCAAAGUUUGCGAGACCACCCCUGAGAAAAAGGGCCACUUGUCCCUGGACCCCCACCCUGACCCCAAACAGCGCUCACGCACACUUUUGCGGCAAAAAAUCAAAAAAAUGGGAGACGCCGUCUUCCAAAUGGACUUGGAAACGUCCCUUCGGUACGCCCUUUUGCGCGAAGUCUCGACCACUAAAGUGAUCAAAGGCGAACAACUGGCGGCCCUUAGGGCCUUCCUCAACGUGAUCAAGAAGUAUUUCCCCUUCGGGUACAACUCCACGUCUUUCAUCAACAAUUUAACCAACUUGACUUCUUCGGACGAAGUCCAGGGGGUGCAGGUCCAGGUCCUGGUGCAGCAAGCUGAUGACAGUGGGGUGUUUUCAACCCCGCAGCGCUUCCUGGGGUGUCAGGGGAGUGCGAACCGCUUUCGCGGAUAUCCAUGUAGUCUUUGGCGCCUUUUCCAUUACCUAACAGUUAACUCGGUUCUUUUGAAUGUGAGUAACCGGAAGGCGAAUCCGGUGGAAGUCCUCGGAGCGAUGCACGGCUACGUCAAGCACUUCUUCAGCUGUAGUCACUGCAGUGAGCAUUUCCAGAAGAUGGCCGCUGAGAGGAAUCUAACGAGUGUUUCGUCGCUUGAAGAGUCGGUUUUGUGGCUCUGGGAGGCGCAUAAUGUGGUCAAUAAAAGAUUAAAAGGUGACACAACCGAAGAUCCGGAGUAUCCGAAAGAACAGUUUCCGACCAGGUUGAGGUGUCCGGAGUGUUAUGGCGAGGAUGGGGCUUGGAAGAAGAAGGAGGUGUUGAAGUAUUUGAAGAGGAUGUACGGGAGAUAUAGUGUCAGAUAUGUGGGGUCGGAUACCAAGGUUUUGUUUCCGGGACUUGAUAGAUAAGUUAUUGACAAAUUGUAAAUAAAUUUGUUCUUUGUUUUAAAAGAAUCAAUGUUAGAGAAGCUUUAAUAAAUACAAUUUUUUAAGAAAAGACUGUUACUUAUAGCUUGAAAUAAAGUUAACGUCAUAAAUAAAAAA